UGACGUCACAGAGAGAAGAUGGCUGUGCUGAAGGCGGAAGAGGGGCUGUGUGGGUGGCCGCAUGGUGUGUGAGGCUCUUCCCCUGCAUGGACUCGUCGCCAUGAGCAACAAGGAGAUGGUUUCCACGGAGACAGAGAAUAAAGGCCAGAGGAAGGUGUUUGUCCCUAACAAGUUGUUCGAGUGUCUCCCUCGUCUGUCCAGUCUGCCCAACGAGCGCCUGCGCUGGAACACUAACGAGGAGAUAGCGUCGUACCUGAUCUCCUUCGACAGACAUGACGAGUGGCUCUCCUGCUCCCUGAAAACCAGGCCGAAGAACGGCAGCAUCAUCCUGUACAACAGGAAGAAGGUGAAGUACAGGAAGGAUGGAUACUGCUGGAAGAAGAGGAAGGACGGGAAGACCACCAGAGAAGAUCACAUGAAGCUCAAGGUCCAGGGCACCGAGUGCCUGUACGGCUGCUACGUCCAUUCCUCCAUCGUGCCUACAUUCCACAGACGCUGCUACUGGCUGCUGCAGAACCCCGACAUUGUGCUGGUCCACUACCUGAACGUGCCGUCCCAGGAGGAUUCUGGGAAAUGCAGUCCGCUGCUGUGUGCUGUUAACGAGCGCCACGACAGCCUGAGGUGGAGCAGAGAGGAGCUGCUGAGUCAGCUCAAACCCAUGUUCCACAGUAUGAAGUGCUCUCUGGGCUCGGGGGAUUUCAGCAUCGAGGAUCUGGUUCAACACAUCCUGGAGAGGCAGAGAACCAAGCCUCAGCCGCGCACACACACCUGCCUCUGCACCGCCGCACACGUGUCUGCAGGAGGGAACAUUCCUCACCGCUGUAACAGCACUAAGCACCGCAUCAUCUCCCCCAAGCUACCUCCCUCCUCCUGCACCUCCUCCCCCCUCAGAGGAGAGAGAGAUGCCAAGCUGUCUCACCUGAGCAGCCCUGCUUCCUCACCCUCCCCCUCCACCACCUCAUCGUCCCCCCCGCAGCCUCACAGAGCCACCCUUGCAGUGGGUAACCACAGCAACGGUUUCUACGGUGACCGUCGAGGCAACCUGGCGACCGUUGCACUGCCUCAGAACGCAGUCAUCGUCAUGGCAACAACCGCCAUCCCUCCUCCCGCCGCCUCCCCCUCCCCUCCCUGCUCCUCACCCACCCUCCCCACCCUCUCCCUCACCCUCCUGCCCUCCCCUGUCAUCGGAGGCCUGCUGCUCACCCCUCCUCAACCCCCGUCUCCUCCUGCACCUCCUCCGUCACUCCCCCCCGCCUUCGACCCAGACUCCUUCCUGAACUCUCCCAAACAGGGGGAGACGUAUGGAGGUCCUCCUCCUUCAUCCUCGCCCCCCGUCCCCCCUCUCUCUCCCCCAUCUCUCGCCCUUUCUCUCUCCCCCACGUCCACCCCUCCCUCCUCUGUCUCGCCCCCUUCCUCCCUCUCCUCUCUCUCUUCUUCCUCCUCCUCUUCCUCCCCCCCCUCAUCCUCAGUCCCCCCCACCCUCUCCUUGUCUCCCACCGCUUCGCCCCCCCUCCCACCCCUCUGCCUGGAGCUGGGGGCUCAGGGUGAGGCGGUGGGCAGGCAGGCGGAGGAGGGGGGAGAUAAAGAGGAGGAGGGAGGAGAUGAUGAUGAUGAAGAUGAUGAAGGCAGAGCCCCACCCACAAAACUGGCUCUGCUGCAGACAAGCCACACCCCCUCCUGCCCGUCUCCACGGCAACAUACAGGAAGUAGUGCUGCAAGCGAGUGGGCCAAUCAGAUGCAGCAGGACCCUCAGCUUUAUAACCACCUAAGUGAAACCCCGCCCCCUGUCGCCGUCGCCAUGGAUACGGCUCCUGUGGCCUCACCGCCGGUGCAGGUGAAGGAGGAGCGGAGGCGAGGCUUAGAGGAAGCCCAUAUGGAGGAGGAGGCGGAGCCGGAGCCCCGUGGGGGGGACGGGGGGCACGAGCUGGACAUCUCCUUCGACAGCUCCUUCCCCGACCUCAUCUCUGACCUCAUUACCGAGGAGGCCCCGCCCCCCGUGGUCACGCCAACCCCCCCCCUGUUCCCAGCAGGGGUCCGAUACAUGGUGCCCCCCCAACCCUCCCCAUCCUCCUCCUUCCUCCCCUUCCCUCACCCGCUGCCAUCCUCCAACCGCCUCGCCUCCAUCACCGACUUCUCCCCGGAGUGGUCCUACCCCGAGGGAGGAGUGAAGGUGUUGAUCACCGGACCGUGGAGCGAGCCGUCGGGUCGGUACUCGUGUGUGUUCGAUCAGAGCAACGUCCCAGCAACCCUCAUCCAACCUGGAGUGCUGCGCUGCUACUGCCCUGCUCACGAGGCUGGGUUGGUGUGUCUGCAGGUUCUGGAGUCUGGAGGCUCUCUCUCCUCCUCUGUUCUGUUUGAGUAUCGGGCGAGAAACGCCAGCUCUCUGCCGAGCUCUCAGCUGGACUGGCUUUCUCUGGACGAUAAUCAGUUCCGGAUGUCGAUCCUGGAGCGUUUGGAGCAGAUGGAGCGCAGGAUGGCAGAAAUGGCCGCCCGCGACAACCAUCAACAACAACAACAACACUACCACCAUAAGCAUCACCAUGGCAACCAGCUGGCCACGCCCCCUGCCAUACCCCUACCUGAGGACCAGGAACAGUCGUCCCAGUGGUUCGAAAGGAGGAUAGUGGGAGUGUGUGAGAGGAUGAAGAGAGGAGGAAGAUGGUGCGGAGGGAGGGGAGGAGGAGAGAGGCUGCAUCACUCCCCCCGACACCGAGGGAUGACCCUGCUGCACCUGGCUGCUGCUCAGGGAUACACACACCUGAUACACACCCUCAUCCACUGGAGGUCCGUUAACCCCGACAGUUUGGACUUGGAACAGGAAGUGGAUCCUCUCAACAUCGACCACUUCUCCUGCACGCCGCUGAUGUGGGCGUGUGCGCUUGGCCACCAGCGGGCGGCGGAGCUCCUGUACGGCUGGAACAGCUCGGCGCUGGGGAUCCCUGACUCACUCGGGCGCCUGCCGCUCGCCGUGGCUCGGUCUCGGGGACACACUCGACUCGCCACGGCGCUGGAGGACCUGCACACACACACACUGCCUCGCGACAUACACACGCCUCCCGAGGACACGCCACAACCGCCGUCUCCGCUGUCCACCAGCCCCGACACAGGUCUGAGCUCCUCCAGCAGCCUUCCCUCCCCCUCCCCCUCCCCCUCCUCACCCUCCCCCUCCCCAAGUUCCGCCUACUCCAGUGGCCCUGCCCCCAUGGACACCUCCCCUUCCCCCCCCUCGUCUCCUUCAUCCUCCUCCUCCUCCCUCCCCAUCUCCCCCUCCUCCCUCCCCCCCCUGCCUGAGUCCAUGUGGGGGGAGGACCCGGACUCCGGUGCAGGUUUGAACCCCGGCGGCUCCAGAGCCUCUCCUCUGUUCCUGAUGGAUUACAGCGAGAACACCGAAACCGAGGAGGAGGAGGAGGAGGAACUUCUGGAGGAAGAGGUGCUGCAGGUUGACAUGGCGACGCUGGCGGAGCAGAUCAUCGAGGCGACUCCUGAGCGAAUCAAACAGGAGGAUUUCCCCCGGGGGGCGGAGUCUCCGCUCAGAGAGAGGCGGGACAACCCGGACAUUCAGGACACCUGGUUGGCUACUUACCUGGACUCGGUCGACGCCCAUCCACACUCCCCACCCAGGCGGCUGUGCCCCCCCUCCCCCCUAAGUGUUGUCGCCCUGCAGAGGCUCCGCCCCCCCUCCUCCGCUGCGUGGGCAGAGUUCCUUAAUGCCUCGGCCAAUGGGAAGAUCGAGAGAGACUUCGCCCUGCUGACACUAACAGACGGGGAGCAGAGAGAGCUGUACGAGGCGGCGCGGAUCAUACAGAACGCCUUCAGGAGAUACAAGGGACGCAGGUUAAAGGAGCAGCAGGACAUGGCUGCAGCCGUCAUUCAGAGGUGCUACAGGAAGUACAAACAGCUAACAUGGAUAGCUCUGAAGUACGCACUCUAUAAGAAGAUGACGCAGGCGGCCAUCCUGAUCCAGUCCAAGUUCCGCUCCUAUUAUGAGCAGAAGCGUUUCCAGCAGAGCCGCCGCGCUGCCGUCCUGAUCCAGCAGUACUACCGCAGCUACAAGGAGUACGAGAGGCUGAAGCAGGGGCCGCGGGGAGCUGCGGGGGCCCACCCCAAGAUCAAGGGCUCGUUCCUGACCAAGAAGCAGGACCAGGCAGCGAGGAAGAUCAUGAGGUUCCUGCGCCGCUGCAGACACAGGAUUAAGGAGCUGAAGCAGAGCCGGGAGCUGGAGAGGAGAGGACUGACCACUUAGAUCUUAAACACAGACAGGGAGUGACAUCAGAGAGAGACAGGAAGAGACGUCCGAGAGACGCCUCACCCAAGAAAACUCUUCCUCCUCUUCCUCCUCACCUGUCUGCCUGUCUGAAUGAACUGUCUGUCUGCAGAGCUCCAUCCUGAAAUGAGUCCUCAGAACCGGACUCUGGGUUUGAAAUCAUUUCCUGUAUUCAGUAACUCUCAGAUUCUGCAGUCAUCAGAAAUCAAAUAUGAAGACCUUCUGAAAGCGUUUAUAUUUUUACUCUAAUAAAUAAUCAUAAUUUGGAAAGAGAAAUAUUGAAACAUGAAAAAAGUAUCUGCUUAUUUAUUGUUGUUAUUGACGGUUAGUUUUAUUUAUUGAUUCCUUUUCCGUUUACAGCCGGAGAGAAAGGAAUGGGGACGGACAAAUAUAGGUUACAUGAAGAUGAAUCUGCAAACGGAUAUUAUGAAAUCUAUUUGAAACCUUUACUUUAUUUCCAUUUUAUUUGUACUAUCUUUCCAGAGUUCUUCAGGAGUCUGCGGGGUAUUUUGGGAUGGAGUUCUUCACACUGCAGAAUGUACCUGAAGAUGAAGCGCUGCGUAUAAAUAUAUGAAACACAAUCACACAUACAUAUAAAUACACAUAUAUAUUCUAAUGUGGACUUUAUAGAAGCUGUGGAUGUCUUUAUUUAUGACAGCAUGACCUGUUAGGGUGUGUGAAAGAGAGAGAGUGAGAGGUCCAGUCUUAAGGCCCGCCCCCUCCAUGACAUCAUAGUGGCAUGUUUUGGUCUUCUCAUUAUUUGCACAGAUUUACCAACUGAUUUCUGACGAGACUGAGGGUAUGAAUAUAUAAUAUCAACCCUACGAUCGGUCCCCGCCUCGUCCCGGACAUCCAGACUCGGUUUAAUAUUUUCUGAAUCUGAAUGUGGUCGUCUCUCGCAUCGUGCGCGAUAGGCUGAGGGGCGGGACUUCCUCUAGGCAGGUUGACCAAUCAGGCUGGUUAGGGACAGAGGGUGAAGAGUGGAAGUCACCCGGCGAUAAAUCUGAAUUAAUAUUUGAGUUUAUUUUCAGAGGCUCCCUCGAAUCUCACAUUUCAGGACGAGGUCAUCGUGAGCUUUCCCCGACCAGCGGCGUUACUUUAUUAUACAGAAAUAUCCUGCUCCUCUUCCUCCUCUUCUUCCUCUCCUCCUCCUCUUCUUCCUCUUCUCCUCCUCUUCCUCCUCUCCUCUUCCGCUCCUCUUCCUCCUCCUCCAGCUGUUGCCGUGAACUUUUGCAUGAGAUUGUAUUUAUGCCCCCCCCCUCAUGAGAUCAUUAUGAAUAAAUCAGCUGUUUGUUAUUUA